CUCACAGUUGUGUGUCAUGGCCCAUACUAUAAAGGAGAACCCUUUCACUAGUCCUAAUGUUAGUAGAGUGAUAGCACAAAGUUUGUACACUGUGUUUACUACUCGUGGUUUGGGAUUACCAUGAAAUUGUCACCUGACUCCACCUUUCCCCUCAUCGUCUUGAUGACUUGUGCUGAGCUCUUCACCUUCGUCACAGCCCAUUCCACUAAUAUACCACAAGGAAAACAGGGUCUGCAGAUGCUGUAUCAAGACAUGAGCGUGCUGCUGAAAUUAGUAUCUCAAGAAAGGGAUAGGAAUGAGAUGACAGACUUUGAACAAUCACUCACAUCUCUACCCUUGCUGAACUACAGAACAGAAGACCUGAAAUCACUCGAGGUGAGCAGUACAUUAGGACAGCUGUACUCUGGUAUCAAAUCCUUCAAGUUCCAUCUUGACUGGAUCCAUCAAAACCAAGAAGAAAUGGGGCUUGAUUAUCUUCAGACAAACAAACUUGAUGAUCGCAUCCAAAUCAUCACCCAAUUGGCACUCAAACAGAUUGGGACGGCACCAUCUGAACUGGUUUACCCUUCCCUGUCGCCUUUGAACACAGCCUGGAACUUGUACCAGGCCAAUGUGGAGAUCCUUGACAAACUGUAUUUCUUUUGCAACUGGUACAUUAGAGCACUGAGAGUCCUGAAACACAGACAACAGUGAUCAACAGCAUCAUAUGACACCAGUAGCACUCAUCUCAUCUCCAUGAUGCCUGUCUUGCCUUAAUGUUUGACAAGCUGGAAUGAAUGUUCCAGCCUUUGUAAGUCAUUCUCCAUUUUGACAGUGUUCUCCGAUUAACAUUUCUUAUGUAUGUUGUUAUUUUAAUUUUAUUCUUAAUGUAUUUAAUAUUUAUUGA